AUGCGCGCCGCCCUGCUCCUGCUCCUUCUCCUCGCUCUGCUCCGGCUCCUGCCCGGCCGCGCCGCCCGCCCCAAGCUCGCCCUGCCCAUCCGGCCCGACACGGACCCGCUGCCACCCGGGGGUGCGGCAGGCUGCUCCUUUGGGGGUCAUUUCUAUGCCCUGGAGGAGACAUGGCACCCGGACCUGGGGGAGCCCUUCGGGGUCAUGCGCUGCGUUAUCUGCCACUGCGAACCGCAGAGGAACCGCCGGGGGAAGCCAGUGGGGAAAGUGAACUGCAAGAACAUGAAGCAGGACUGCCCCGUGCCUGCCUGCCCCCGUGCCACGCUGCUGCCGGGUCACUGCUGCCACACCUGCCCCAAAGCCUUGCCAAGCCCCCCGGAGAAGAGCCCUGCAUCCCCCUACGACACCUUUGAGUACUUACGGGACAAGGAGGAUGACCUGGACAAGCCCUACAACGACCGCUCCUACCUCAGCUCCGAGGGGCUGGCCCGUGAUGAUGCCCGCACAGAGUUUGUGGCCUUGCUGACAAGUGGCCUGGAGCCGUGGCACCCCACAUCCAGCGCGGUGGCCAAGGCUCGCUUCACCCUGCUGCGCUCCUACCUGCUCUUCUCCAUCAGCUAUGAGCGGCUGGGGCGGCCAAGCCGGGUGCGUUUCAGUGACCCUGAGGGCAACGUGCUGUUCGAACACCCCGUGCAGAAGAAUGCAGCCCCUGAGGACAACAUGCUCUGUGGGAUGUGGAGGACGUUGUCCAAAGCCAAUGUCCGGCUGCUGCGUGGGGAGCAGCUCCGUGUGUCCCUUGUCACCCGGGCACAGCCCUCCGGAGAGGUCCAUGGGCACAUCCUCAAGCACCGGGCACUCUUUGCGGAGACAUUUGGUGCCAUCCUCACCUCAUCAGACCCCACACACCUGGGUGCUGGGGGCAUGGCCAUGCUGACACUGAGCGACACGGAGAACAACCUGCACUUCAUCCUCAUGGCCAGGGGGCUGCUGGAGCCUGGUGCCCGGGAAUCCCCCUGGGUCCCACUGCGGGUCCGCAUCCUUCACCAUGGCCAGAUGCUGCGGGAGAUCCAGGCCAACAUCACCCUGGAGGACCCUGACUUUGCAGAGGUGCUGACCGAGCUGUCUGCCCGUGAGCUGCAGUGGCUGGUGCAGGGGCAGCUCCGCAUCGUGGCUGAGACAGAGGGCCGGCACGCACGCCAGCUGGCAGGCACCAUCACCACCCGCCGCAGCUGUGACACCAUCCAAAGUGUGCUGUGCGGAGCGGAUGCCUUGCUGCCAACCAAGACGGGGGCCGUGGGCUCAGCCAAGCUGGCACUGCAUGAGAACGGCACCCUGGAGUUCCAGGUGCAGGUGGUGGGCACUGCCAGUGAGGUGGUGGGCAUCACACUGGAGACCAAACCCCGGCGGAAAAGCAAGAGGAACAUCUUGUUUGACAUGACGCCCAGCUACAAGGAUGGGCUGGCUUGGGGUGUCUGGCAGAGCCCCAGUGCCCGCGAUGCCCACAUGCUGCUGCAGAACGAGCUCUUCCUCAACGUGGCCACCAAGGACUGGGCAGAGGGCGAGCUGCGGGGCCAGGUCAUCUCCCUGCCUUACAGCGGGCUGCUUGCUCGAUACACAGAGAUGCCCGUGGCACUUGCGGGGCAGCUGGUGUCCCCCCCAGUGGGCAGCGGGGCCGGGGGGCACGCCUGGCUCUCACUGGACGAGCACUGUCACCUGCACUACGAGAUCUCGGUGGCGGGGCUGGGCCGCCCGGAUGAUGAUACCGUCAGUGCCCACCUCCAUGGGGUGGCCGAGCUGGGUGAGAUGGGCACCCGCCCCCACCAGCACAAGCGUCUGCUCAAGGGUUUCUACAGCACUGAGGCUCAGGGGGUGGUGAAGGACCUGGAUGCCGACCUGCUGCAGCACCUGGCCCAGGGCACUGCUUUCCUGCAAGUCAGCACCAAAGCCCACCCUCAUGGGGAGAUGCGGGGACGGGUGCACAUCCCCAACCGCUGCCACACAGGAGGGACACGCCUGGCCCCAGGGGAGGCCCUGGGAGAGGCUGAGCUUAUUGAGGGCACCAGGACCAGGGACCUGGAGCAGCUGAAGAAGGACCCCAACUCCUGCUUUUUUGAGGGGCAGCACCGGGCACACGGCAGCCGCUGGGCACCUGACUAUGACAAGAAGUGCUCCAUCUGCAGCUGCCAGAAGCGCACGGUGAUCUGUGAUCCCAUCCUGUGCCAGCCCCUCAACUGUACCCGCCAGGUGCACCCUGAGGAGCUGUGCUGCCCUAUCUGUGAAGAGAAGACUGGGCAGGAGGAGCUGAAGCUGGAGCGGGCACGGGACAGUAGUGAGGGUUGCUACUUCGAUGGGGACAAGACGUGGCGAGGCUCUGGCACCCGCUGGCACCCUGUUGUGCCUCCCUUCGGCCUCAUCAAAUGUGCUAUUUGCACCUGCAAGGGCACCACAGGUGAAGUGCAUUGCGAGAAGGUGCAGUGCCCACGGCUCACCUGUGCCAACCCGGUGCGUGCCAGCCCCUCCGACUGCUGCAAACAGUGCCCAGCCCCGGAGAAGAGUGUCCCUGAGCUGGCUGACACCAUGCAGGCAGACGGGCCCCGGGCAUGCCGCUUCGGGCGCCGCUGGUACCUCAACAACGAGAGCUGGCACCCCUCUGUGCCCCCCUUUGGAGAAAUGAAGUGUAUCCUGUGCUGGUGUGUGUCAGGAGAGACGCACUGCCAGCGCCAGGAGUGUCCAUCGGGAGCCUGUGACAGCCCCACCAGGAGGGACAACCCCUGCUGCACCAAGUGCCAUGCCCCAGAUGUUCCCGUGGAUGUACGGGAGAAUGUCCAGGAUGCCAGGGCAGAGAUGUGGAGCCGCUGAGCAGUGACCACUGCCUGGAGCAAGGCGAGCGCGCAGUGAGGCCGGGUGGCCGUGAACAGGUCCCCGCGCAGGGCGGGGGGCACCGAGGAGCAUGGUGGAGUGGACACAGCCAGGCACCCAGCCUGGGCCCCACGUCUUGGCAUGGCUGCGGUGCCGGAGCUGCCCUGCCCUCUCAUACCAGCGGGCAGGUUAGCAGAGCCGGGGCACCCACUGCCCUCCCCCUCCGAGCUCCCAUGGCCGGCAGGCACAGCAAGCAGCGUGCCCACCUUGUACAUAGUGUAAAAUCCCUCUGUCCCCUGUCCCCCUGCAUCCCUCCCGGCUCGGCCGGGCUCAUCACGUAAUUUAUGGUGCCCGUGGACAGGGGUCCCACUGUAUUUAUUAAAC